AUGAACUCCGGCACCCUCCCGGCCGGGUUCAAGCUCCCGUCGUCGCAGCUAUCAACCGCCUGCGCCGCAUGCAUCGCCGGCCCCGAAUUCCUCUCUCACUCCAUCGUUGCGGCGCUCGACGCCAAGGACCACGAGCAUUCCUCUCUCACGCACAUCGCGUCGAAUCUCCGCUUCACGCACGACAACAUUGAAGCUACGGGACGAGAAGCGCUGUUCGAGGUACUGGCCGACAUACCGGGAGAACAGCGGUUCCACGUCACACGCUCGACAUCGCAGGUCUGCCAGGCCACGGGACAGGCGAAGAUCUGGCUUUCCGUGGAGGUGAGGGGGUGUCCGUCCACGGGGCGCGGCGUUCGCGAGAGCGUGGUGUUGCUGCAUUGGCGCAUUGUGCGUGGAGAGUGGACUUGUCACUUGUGUCGUGGGCUUCAGCAUGGGGGAGCGGGGGAUGACUGA